AUGUACGACGAGGAGCCGCGUGCAAUCUGCAAUCUGCCCCUCAGCGGCACUGUUGGUAUACUUAGCUCAUUGGUGCUGCUCUCGCAAGUGAUCGCCUUAUUUCUCGUCUGCUCCGAUAAUUUCUUCAUUUAUUUCUUCGAACUUCUGAUCGCAUUUGGAAUGGUAUUCUUUCUCUCACAAGGCGUGCGACAACAGAAACCCGGUCAUUUAACUGUUUAUCUGGCAUAUUUGGCCAUCUACGUGUUCAUGAUGCUGUUCAUAAUCUUUGGAAUGCUGGUUGGUUUGAGUUUUUUGCCAAGUUAUAGACAUAAGUACUGUGAUGAUAUCAUGGUGACAAAAACCACGAGUAUGUCGUCGUCCACCACCGCCUCUUCAUUGAAAACCAAUCGAAUAGGUAGGAAUACAUCGAAUGAGAUCGUAAUUGAUCAGUCUGUAGGUUGUAUAAGCUCUAUUCAUUACUUCAUGCGCGAUCAUUCAAUAAUUUAA